ACUAUGUGAAGAUGAUUUCCUGCUUCUGCGCUUAGAACUUGAACUUUUCCUCUUCCUCUUCUUCCUUGACCUCGAAUCAUCGGAAUGAGAUUCAGGUUCCGACUCGGACUCACUCUUUGACUCGCUACUCGCAGACUCCGACUCAGAUUUCGGUUUCCUACCACUUCUCCUCCUUCGCUUCGUCGUUCACAUCUGACUCGCUUUUCUCUUCACCAUUCUCCCCCCCAUAAUUCUCAGAAAUUUCAUCAGCUUUCUCCUCCAAUCCAUCCGCUCCAUUCGUCGGCGGACUCGGCGUAUUCUCGGUCGGAAAAUCGACAGUCGUCUAUCCGAGCUGGUGAGUUAUCGGCUGCAGAGCUUGAUAACAUCAUGACUGUAGUUGCAAAUCCUCGGCAGUUCAAAAUCCCAGAUUGGUUUCUCAACAGGCAGAAGGAUUACAAGGAUGGAAGGUAUUCUCAGGUUGUGUCCAAUGCACUGGACAUGAAGCUGAGAGAUGAUCUUGAACGCUUGAAGAAGAUCAGGAACCACCGUGGUCUUCGUCACUACUGGGGUCUUAGAGUACGUGGACAGCACACCAAGACCACUGGCCGCAGGGGAAAGACUGUUGGUGUGUCCAAGAAGCGAUAAUUGGGUUUCAUGGCUUUUAUGUGCUGUCUCUUGUUCUUACCAAUCAUUUUUAGGGGUUUUUUCUAUAAGAUUUUCCUAGGCUAGUACACUAUGAGCAUCUAUCAGUUUUGUUAUUCUUAUUGCGUCUCCUCUAUUUUGUUCUCACUAAUGUUAGUCUUCGUGAGAUUGUGUUCUUAAGAAAUGAAUGUAAGUUGAGGAGAUUUGAAGUUGAGAUCAUGAAAUAACUUAUUGCAGUUAUAACAUUUGUCUUCUAGCUGGUGAUAUUAAAUCUGAAGUUCUUAU